AUGUCCCAGACGACGCUAUCUGAAAAGCAGGCGCUUGUGCAGGGCAAAGAAACAACUAAAUCAGACGGACUCUCGCAACAGUAUGGUGGUCUUCACCCCGAAGGCUGGGUCGAUCGGCUUCCCGAGUCCUGGAUCCCCUACAUCCAGCUUUCUCGUCUGAGCCCGCCAGCCGGCUUCUUCCUCAUCUACUUUCCUCAUACCUUCGGCGCCCUCCACGCCGCGAGCGUCCACGGUCUCCCAAUCCAGGAUGUCCUUCGCGUGUGCCUCAUACUGCUAGGCGGGUCGUUCUUCUGCAACAAUGCCAGCCACGCGUGGAACGACCUCGUCGACGCCCCCGUCGACGCUCAAAUCGAGCGAACACGAAUGAGACCCAUCCCUCGAGGUGCCAUCUCAUACCGCGCCGCCUUCAUCUUCGCCUGUACGCAGGCAAUAGCCGCGGCUGCGUUUCUGCUCUUCCUACCCAGGGACGCAAGCUUGGCCGCAAUCCCGACAAUCAUCGGAACCAUCUACUACCCUUGGGCAAAGAGACAUACCAACCUACCGCAAUUUGUUCUCGGGUUCUGCCUGACGUGGGGAAUUAUGGUCGGCAGCUCCGGAAUGGGCGUCUCUCAGCCGUGGACAGAUGCCUCGACUGUCAGCCUACUGCUGGCAUCCAUUCUCUGGGUUGUUGUGUUUGAUACGAUCUACGCCCACCAGGAUAUUGUAGACGACCUGAAGGUUGGGGUCAAGAGCACUGCGAUCUUGAUCCAAGGGUUCGCGAAGCCGGCUCUCUGGUCGAUGUUUCUUAGCAUGAUUGGUUGUCUCAUAGCGUCUGGCUACUACGGCGGAAUGGGACUCCCAUACUACGGACUCGUGGUCGGAGGAUGUGUUGUCUCGGUCGGUUCAAUGAUUGCGAGAGUUGAUCUCGCCGAUCCCGCUAGCUGCUGGCGCUGGUUUUCUCAGGGCUUCUGGCUCACUGGAGCAGCGAUCGCGAGUGGUCUUCUGGCUGAGUACUUGAUACUGUAA